AUGCAUUCAGGGACAGACAUCGAAUGGGGAAGAAUGGCUUCAGGGACAGACAUCGAAUGGGAAGGAAUGGUUUCAGCGAAAGGAAUCAAAAGGGAAGGAAUGGUUUCAGCGAAAGGAAUCAAAAGGAAAAGAACGGCUUCAAGGAAAGGUAAAAAAUUGGACACAAUGGAUUUUCCAGACUUUGUAGUGAAGUAUUUUUUGAGUAGUACUAAAGAUAGAGGAAAGACUUAUAAAGACAAUGUCAGAAAGACACAAAAGGAGCUAGAGACGGAGGGGAAAGUAUUACAACAAACUUACUGGAUCCAUGCUCAGAACCUUACCUCACCUACUGAUGAAACCUUCGUAAAGGUGACAUCUUAUCUCCCUGGUUUUGUGCUGGAAUCGAUGACAUAUGAACCCACAGAAGAUUUUCGAUACAGAAUCAAUGUGCUCAAAAAACAACCCCGCGGACAAAAGGAGGCUGAAAUAUUCAUCUGCAAUCCGAGAAUUACGAUAAUCAAUAUCAAGGUAACCAUCAAAAUAGAGGGAGUACCCCCAGAACAACCCGAAUUGCCUAGAAAUCCUCGACUUCACGGAAUUGGGAAUGCCCUAAGCGCUGUGGCUGGUUGUCUUUUCUAUUUUCUCCGUUGGUAUAUGAACAGUAACUGAAUCAUAACAAAAGAUUGGAAAAGUCUGCAUUACCAAAUUUACAUUAUUUUUAUAAAGCAUGUAUCUAUAUAUCUAUCUAUCGAUCGAUCGAUCGAUCCAUAGAUAGAUAGAUAGAUAGAUAGAUAGAUAGAUAGACGUGCCUAAUGGUUGAUAGCGCAAAACAUUACUAUUUUUUCUAAGUAUUGCUUACUUUACAAAUUAUUACUUUCACGUAAACACUAAUUAUAUUUAUUUGUUAGGUUUUAUACUAUACUAAUUUGUAUUUUAUAUCAGAUAACCUUUCUUUUCGAGUAAAUAGAUGCUAAAUCAUUUUUUUAUUUAAUUUUUAACCCCCCCCCCUGAAUUCCAUGAUGAGUUUAUAAUUAAUUAGCUCUCUAAAAUCUCUAACAAUAGUUGAAGGGAUACAUAGUAUAUGUACUGUAGUGAAUUUAAAAAAAAAAAAUACAGCUGUCUGGUGAAAAAAGAUAAAGCACCUGAUAAGACGCCUGAAUAAGAAUAUUAAAGAAAGAAAUCCAAAAAUGUACAUUAAAUAUGGGUAUACUCAUCAAUUCUCUGACUUGUACUUAUGUUGCAUUUGGUAAUAAAUUCUAAGAAUUGUAAUAAAAUGUGUUUUUUAAUAAAAUCUUGCGAGAAA